AAAAAGUUUGCUGUUCCACAAACAUUAUAACGGUCUGAGGUUCCCACAAGUCAGGCUCUUCUCUCCGUGCAGUCAGUCGCCAUCUUCUCGACUUUUCCUCAAAGAUGAACAGAAUUGCUCUGAUCCUCGCUGUCGGACUCUGCUUUACAGUCGGUCAAGCGCUUCAGUGCUACAAAUGUGAUCUUGGCUUCUUUAGCCUGUGCAUAACCUCAAAAACCACAUGUGAAACCGAUGACCACUGCUUCAAUGGUGUUGGGGUAUCAGGUCCCGUGAAAAUCAAAAUGAAGGGCUGUCUUAAAGUGUCAGAAUGCAACAAGACUGAAGAUAUUAACUUUCCCAAAACCUCCAACACCACCAUCUACUCCAUGAAUAAGACGUGCUGCAACACAGACCUGUGCAACGUGGCACCAGGCCUGCCCGGAGCUUCUGGGCUGAGCCUGGCCGCUGUCACUAUUUCCUCUUUGCUUGCAGCCAACUUCAUGAUUUAAUAUACUGGCAAAAGUGCAUACAACUGUGUUGUACUAUUGUGCUUACUCUAGGACUAUUCUUUUUUCUGCAUGUUUCAAAGUGUACUGUAAAUUAGUUUUUGUAUCAUUUACUGUAAGUCCGUCAUGUAUUUCUGCUUCCAGUUUAAUUCAAUUCAUAUGGGCUUUGCAACACACAAAAUUUACAAGAUGGGUGUUUUCGGCAAUCGGUUUAAAGUUUUCUUGGCUGGUGAUUGGCAAUGAAAACAGCUAUCUUGUUUCUUUCCAUGUAUAAAAAAGAACAUAUCAGUCAACAUGCCACCUAUAUUCCAAGUGUUUUAAAAGGAAAGCUGGGUUUUUUGGAAACAAACAGAAAAUGACAUGAUCAGCAGUUAACUUAGCUAACCGUGCUAAGCUAAGUAAAGCUAAGCUAAGCUAAAUUAAGCUAAAGGCACCAUCAUAUUUUCCAUAAAGUGCUAUAUGUGUAUCUGGCUAGUAGUUUUGAGUAUAAUAAGCUUUGGAAAGCAUUUCCACUUCUGCUGAUUUUAAAAUCAAAUUUUUGGUACAAGCCGUAGAACAAAAAAGGUUGGGUCUGCUCUUAAAACAUUUCUUUUUGUAUUUCUUGGUGUUUUUUGUCCAGGUCCAUCAACUUUUUCGGCUUUCUUUAAAAAAACAACAACAAAAAACCCCCCCACAUAACUCCAUCAAUUUUAUUUAACUUCUUGAUGUUUGUGUCAAAUCUAUAUAUUUACAACGCUUAACUGAAAAACAUCAGAAACUGUGGGAUGAAGUUGAGGUAGUUUUUUAUUGCUGUGUACGGCACAUUUGGGCUCGGUGUGAUUUAAAGUGCACUACUUACAGAUACUGAGGUAUAAUUGAGAUUAAUUUGUUAUUUACCCUUCACGUAAUCUUUUUUGUUUUGCAUAAAUGUUCGAUACCUUCCCUUCUCUGGACGUUUCCUCAAUAUUUUCAAAACCAGAAAUGUUUGUCUGACUUUAAGGUGAAUUGUUUCUUUGUAAAAUUGGUUUUGACAGAGAUGAAUAAAACUGGGAAAUGGGAAAGAGUAA